CUGUUUGCAGUUUCACACGUAAAGGUCCUCGGUAAGCAGACCAUCUCAAACGGUGAUCCUCUCAAUAAUGUGCGGUAUAGACUGAAACACUUGGAAGUGUUCAGGGCUCCAAAUGGCACCAACUACUUGCCUGCUAUGGUUUCGACGUCAUCGGAAUCGUCGGCAUGUGGGAUUUCACUUGAAAAGGGAAAGCAGUACCUACUAUCAGGUAAAGAUUAG